UGAAGUACUCCAACACCUUUUCAUUUAGGCAUCAUAUUCCGAAUUCCUCUCCUUCUCCCAUCCAUUCCUGUCCCGUCCCCUCCGCUCUUCUUCUGUUUCGUUCCCUCUGCCGCCCACCGCCCACGCAAGUCGGAUCCUAUAGGUACGGGCAUUCCCGAACCGAACAAGUGAGCGAGGAAGCGGGCACUUGUGGCGUGCGCAUCCGACUUGGCAACCGGAUGGAAGGGUUCUCGGCGUUCUCCAAGCGGCCGAAUGCCACAGUUAUCUGCAUUGCCGAGACCGUCCGUAGAUGUGCAAAGUAGCCAUCCUCCGGCUUGGCUUCGAUAUUAGCCGCGAGGCAGUCCCUCGCAGUCCAUAGGGUGGAAGAAGCCCGCAGCAUCAAUCAGGUGGGGUGCGCAAUGCGGACCGAGAAGAAUAGAGCGAUGCGGAACCUGGCUUUCUGGGAACAAUAAAUUAAUGACACCACUCUAUGUUGGCCAUCCACGUCACCCGCGAAGGGGGCUUGCUUGGCCGUCGGUUACACGCACAUAAGACCAGCAACUGUGGCCACGGGUCUUGCUGUCCACUCGCCUCCGCCUCCUCUAUCCUCGCCGACGACAGGAAAAUAGCAAUGAAGUUUCUCGCCAGCGUAUUGAUCGCCACUACGGCGGUGCAAGCCCACUACACGUUCCCGCGUCUCGUCGUCAACGGCAAGGCCGAGAGCACGGACUGGUUCGCGACCCGUAAGACGAAGAACGCCGACAGCAAGCAGGGCAUCGAGAACGUGGCUAGCCCCGACCUCCGUUGCUACUCGUCCCAGACCGCGGCCAACAUCCUGACCGUCCCUGCCGGCGCCACCAUCCACUACAUCUCGACCCAGCAGGUCAACCACCCAGGACCGACCCAAUACUACUUAGCCAAGGUCCCUGCCGGUCAGAGCGCCGCAACUUGGGACGGGUCCGGGAAUGUCUGGUUCAAGUUCCAUACGACGACACCCACGAUGGACCGCAACAAGCAGCUCACCUGGCCUGCUCAGAACGAGUACGUCCUGACCAACGCGACGAUCCCGGCGUCGACGCCCGACGGAGAGUACCUGCUGCGUGUCGAGCAGAUCGCGCUGCACAUGGCGAUGCGGCAAGGCGGUGCGCAGAUCUACCUCGCGUGUACGCAGGUCAAGAUCACGGGCGGCGGCAGCGGCACUCCCGGCCCGCUCGUCGCGUUCCCCGGCGCCUACGGCAGCAGCGACCCGGGAAUCCUCGUCAACCUCGGCACCGUCGGCGAGGCCUACGUGCCCCCUGGACCUGCCGUCUGGAGCGGCUGAGCGGCGCGAUCCGCCCCGGUAGAUAGGAUAAGACGGGGUGAUAAUGGUAGCUUAGUACCGCGCGUCAACGCGCUGAGAUCCAGAUCUCGCUGUCUCGACGUUGGUCUCGUUUGAGCGUAGGCCAUCCAAUGAUCGAUGCCAUUUAUUCUCCAGCACAUAGAAUACCCUUAAACGCAUGAUAACAAUGAAUGGGAUCCGAAAAUCACACUCC